AUGGCAGCAAAUGUGGAGUUGAAAGGUAAAGUUUGCGUAACAGGAGCUUCUGGGUUUUUAGCAUCUUGGUUGAUCAAACGACUCUUGUUGUCUGGCUAUCAAGUUAUUGGAACCGUCAGAGACCCAGAGAAUGGAAAGAAGGUAGAACAUUUAUGGAGGUUAGAGGGAGCAAAAGAGAGAUUGAAGCUGGUAAAAGGAGACUUAAUGGAGGAAAGCAGUUUUGAUGAGGCAAUUAUGGGGUGUGAAGGUGUGUUCCAUACUGCUUCCCCUGUUUUAGGAAGACCAUCAACAAAUCCGAAGGAGGAAAUCUUGAAACCAGCAAUUGAUGGUACUCUGAACGUGCUACGGUCAUGCAAGAAGAACCCAGCACUGAAGAGAGUAGUCCUGACAUCGUCAUCUUCAACUGUAAGGGCAAGAAGUGAUUUGGAUCCCAAUGGUAAUAUUGUCCUGGACGAGUCUUCCUGGAGCUGUGAGAUUCUCUGCGAGAGACUCAAGAUAUGGUAUGUAUUAUCCAAGACUGAAGCUGAGAAAGCUGCAUGGAAAUUUUGUAAUGAGAAUCACAUUGAUCUAGUCGCGGUUCUCCCUUCUUUUGUGGUCGGUCCCAGUUUGCCUCCCGAGCUAUGUUCCACUGCGGCUGAUGUCCUUGGCUUGCUUAAAGGCGAAACGGAGAAAUUCGAAUGGCAUGGAAGAAUGGGAUAUGUUCAUAUUGAUGAUGUUGCUGCGUGCCAUAUUCUUGUUUAUGAGCACAAAGAUGCCAGUGGACGAUACCUUUGUUCUUCAAGUGUGGUUGAUAACCAUGAGCUUGCCUCUAUUCUAUCCCUUCGCUAUCCCGCCCUCCCUAUUCCCAAAAGGUUCAAGAAACUGGAUGACAGACCAUCUUAUGACCUGGAUACAUCUAAGCUGAAGGGCUUAGGAUUCAACGCCUUCAAGUCCAUCCCAGAAAUGUUCGAUGAUUGUAUCAAAUGUCUUGUUGACCAGGGCCACCUUUCUGUUAAUUUACCAUUCUGCUCUUGA